GCGGGGCGGGGGGCCCGGCGCGUCGUAGUGACGUCAUCGCAGCGCGACAGAGGAGAGGGGUGACGUCGGGGCGGAGUGACGUCAGAGCCGGAGUGACGUCGUCUCGGUGACGUCAUCUCGCGCCAUGUGGCGAAGCUGCGCGGCGGGGGCGCGAGCGGUGGUGGCACAUGGGAUGGGCAGGGUGACCCCCACGGCUUCGUGCUCGGUGUCCCCACAGGACUUGGCUGUCCCCAAUGCCGGAUGGAGUGCGGCCAUGUGUGAACAGUACCAGCGUCUGCUGCGCUGCACCACCAACGGCUCAUGGCGUCGUAUCCCAUCCUACCGCCGCGGCCUCGACCACCUCCCAGAGGUGUUACAGAUGACGGUGGAUCCUGGUCCGGGUCCGCGGCUGUUCCUGCGCAAUGUGGACGCAGAAGGUGCUGGCUUUGAGUACGCCAUCUUCCUUCACGCCUCCGGCCGCCGCACACGGUGCCUGUGCCAGGUGGGCCCCUACCUGGAGGGCCACCAGGGCUUCGCUCAUGGUGGUGCCAUUGCCACCCUCGUUGACACCACAGUGGGGACGUGUGCUCUGGCAGCAGCCAAAAUGUCGGCGAUGACGGCCAAGCUGAGCAUCAGUUACCUGGCCCCGGUGCCGCUGGGUGCCGUGGUGGUGGCCGACAGCCGCGUGGAGCAGCACGAGGGGCGCAAGAUCUUCCUGUCCUGCCAAGUGUGUGACACCCAACGGGACACGCUGUACGCUGAGGCCACUGCUCUCUUCAUCCAGGUGGAGGACAACAAUUCCCCCCCCUCCCCGGCCGCCUGUCCCCAGCGGUGACACUGUAAUGCUGGAGGGGGCGUCCCUGUGUCACCUCCUGGGAUCAGAGCCUGGCACUGCAGUGA